AUGUCGACUCCACGCCGAAGCAUCACGGCCUUGCAAUACUAUGGGCGGGAGGACUUGAGACUGGAACACCGUGUGGACCUAAUGAUGUCCGCCUUCAAGUCGCAUACUGCGGGAUCUGCGGCUCCGACAUCCACGAAUAUCUGGGAGGCCCGAUAUUCCCCCAAACCGGGGGAUCAGAACCCCUGGACUGGCGAAAAGCUGCCUGUCACACUGGGCCACGAGAUGUCGGGUGUCGUGAUCCAGGUUGGCUCCAAUGUACACAACAUUCCGGUUGGGUCUAAGGUCGCUGUGAGUCCCGCCCUCGACGACCGACAUUACGACAUGGAACCAUGCACCACCUGUGCGAUGGGCAAGCGCAACAUCUGCAAACGCUUUUCCUCAUAUGGGUUCAGCGCUCCUGGUGGUGGCUUCGCGACCGAGAUUGUUGUCAGGGCACUCAACUGUGUCGUCCUCCCUGAUGCGGUUUCGCUCCAGGUCGGUGCUCUGGUGGAGCCUCUGGCCGUUGCGUGGCAUUGCAUCCGUACCUCUGGCUUUAGGAAAGGCCAGAAGGUGCUGCUUUUGGGCGCCGGCCCAAUUGGCCUUGCAAUCUUGAUGCUUCUUCGCGUCUGGGGGGCUCGGUGCGCGGUGGUCAGCGAAGUGACGCCGUCACGGAAAUUGCUGGCCAAACAAUUUGGUGCAGAUGUUGUGGUCGAUCCGUUAGAGGGAUCUGAGUCCUCUGAUCCAGUGCUGUCGGCCGUUCAUCAGGCUGUCGGUGAAAGUGGAGUGGAUGUCGCCUUCGAUGCCACGGGGCUUCAAACGACGUUGGACACGGCCAUCGCCGCGACCAGGCCGGGAGGGACCAUAUUCAACGUGGCGAUACACGAGAAACCGCUCCAGGUCAAUUUGAACGAUCUCGGCUGCUUUGAAAAGCAACUCACCGGUGGAAUGUGCUAUACAAUGGAGGAUUUUACUGGGGUGUUGAAAGCACUGGAGAGCGGAAAUCUGCCGGCGCAUAAGAUGAUCACCUCCAUAGUUCCGCUUGAGCAGGUAAUCGAAAAGGGCUUUCAUGAAUUGAUUCACAGCAAAGCCUCUCAUGUCAAGAUCUUAGUUCAGCCACAGUCUCGUGUGGGCGAGGUUACCGCCAACCUUUGA